AGAAGAAAUUUCGUUGACAGUUCGUCCGUUCACGACGAUUCAAUUCAUGCAGCAUUUCAUGUUUUCGCGAAAACAUGAAUCAUCUUAUCAUGGAUGGUCAAUAGUUCCCAAUAAGAGGUUCGCUACCAAAUCUACAUUUUCACUCAAUGGCAUCUUACUUUCUCCCCAGAUGACAAUUUAUGAAAUUAUCAUGAAAUAUGGCGUUGUUGGUCACGAGUCGAAUGUUUUCGAUCAUCAAUAUAUAUUCCUUUAUCAACAAUAUGAAGUGCAUUUCCCACCGAAUGAAGAAAAUAAUCCAGACCUCAAUGAAGAGAUUAUGAAACCAACAUAUUUGUUGGAAAAUUAUCUGAAACCUAGAUCAUCAGAAUGCGAAGAAUUGACGGAAGAGGUUGAAAAUGCUCUGCACCUUACCAAUAUACUAUAUGGCAUCAACGAACAUUGGACCUCUGCCUAUGAACAGAUCCUACAUCCGAAAGUCUUGAUUGAUCCUCAAGAUUUCGUGAAUACACGUUUGAAUAAAUGCGUGUUCAAACGUUUGUUAGAUCCCUUUGCUGCUUUGAUGGGCAAAUAUCCUCCUUGGAUCAAAUACAUAUUCGACCAUUGCCCAUUCGUUUUCCCCCUGGGAACAAGAAUAUUUGGGUUCAGGGUUCUGUACCUGAAUAGAGUUAGAGCAUUGCACAGUGUAUUGUGGAAAUACGAAAGAUAUAAUUUAGCAGUUUAUAUAUACGAAACAAUUAUCACAUUGAGUAUUGAAAGAAGUGAUAUAGUGAACGACGUGAAAAAGUAUAUUUUUCAUACGAGACCCUCUCUUUUUUGGGGUGUAGUCUUCAAUAAUGAAAUAGGUGCAGGUAGAGGUUUAAGAAAAGAACUCUUCAAUUCGAUUGGUAAGGAACUGCAAAAAGACAAAUAUAACAUUUGGACUUCCACCGAAGAAACCCAAAAUGGAUUCGUUCAGUUCAACGAAGGGUUAUAUCCUAAACUGGACUUCUGCUCCCAUCUUGACUUCUACGACGAGAGCUCUUCUGAUGGGGCUGAUUUAUUUAUCACCAUUGGUGCACUUUUGGCGAAGGCUUUAAUGGAAUGCUCUUUAUUGGGAUUGCCGUUAGCAACACCAAUAUUCAAAUACUUGCUGAAUCAACAUUUUCCAUUGGAUUUCGAUGACCUGAAAUAUGUGAAUCCUUCAGUUCACAAGGUAUUAGGAAAUAUAAGAAAAUUGAUAACAGAACGUGACAAAAUUUUAGACAACAACGAACUGACACAUUCUGAAAAGUUGUCUUUAGUAAAAAAUUUGACUAUAAAUGGAGCUAACCUUGAAUGUUAUAACCUGAACUUCGUUUUGCCGGGUCAUGAAGGAAUUGAAUUGAUCCCUGAUGGAGCGAACACAUCAGUUGACAUCAUGAAUGCUCAUGUCUAUGUGGAUGCUAUCAUGAAGAAAUUGUUCGUUGGCGUACAGAAACAGAUGAGCGCCUUGAAGUGGGGGUUUGAUCAUGUAAUACAAUUUAGUAACCUCCAUAUGUUCCACCCAAAAGAAUUACAGUACAUCAUUUUGGGAGAGGAAGAUGACUCUUCGUAUUGGUCUUACGAAAAUUUGACUAAUCACGUCAAAUUAGAAUAUUGCACCGUAGAUGAUAUUGAGAUACAAGACCUUUUCGAUAUAUUAUCGUCUGCCAAUAAAGAAACGAGAAGAAACUUCUUGGAAUUCGUGACCGGCGGUUCGCGUUUGCCAAUGGGUGGUUUUGCAGAGUUGAAUCCAAAAUUGACGAUUGUCCUUGUUGGAGAGUAUCCUUCGGCGCAGACAUGUUUCCGUCUGCUUAGAUUGCAACGAGGAAUGGACCAUAGUGAAUUGAAGAAGUUCAUCGAGGAGAUCAUUCCUGAAGCGCUGAACUAUUUUGGCUUGGUCUGAUGUUUAUAAUUAUGGCGCUUAGAUCGAUACGCAUAUAGAAGCCUUCAACACUCAUGACCAGUUAAAAUCCAUAAACCAAGAAAAGGACAUAGUAUUUCAAAAUCCAUUUGUCGCAGUGCGGUUAAGCUUAAAUUUUAAAACAUAUUUAUUUGUUUUGAAAAUAGUUUUUCGAUAUUUAUGUCAUCUAUAUUUGUGUAUAUUUUUGUACAUGUCUUUUCAUAUUAGUUCUGUGAUAUUAAAUUUAGUGAAAUAUAAUAUUUGAUUUAUACCUUA